UUGAUUUGAUAUAAUAUGUAGAAUAAAUAUAACUGAUAAAUACAAAUUUUCACUCUAUCAUAAAAAAAAUCUUGUAGAAAUGUGUUUUCUUUCCCCAAACUUCUUUGUUUACUAUUAAUCUUGCCCUCCCUGUUCAUUGGUCCUUCCAGCUGUCAGUCAAAAGUGGGCGGUGUCAGCUGACUUGAUACUUCCAGUAAGUCUCACAUGCCGCACACAGAGUCAGCGGGCUGGACGCGCUUCAGACGGAUCUUCCGCGCGCUUGGAUAACAACAACAGCCUCGUUCCUGUCUGAACGGGGUCCUGACGUCCGCGCGCGCCCCGCGGCUGUUCCAGCGGCUUCCCGCCGCUCUGGGAUGUGACCCUCACUGCAGACUUUGCGCUCAGGCGGAGCCCGGUUCCCCCGGUCAGACUUCUUUUGCGCGCACUUCAACUUGUGACUUUAGUCGUACAUGACAGAGUGACUCCUCCAUCGGUUCUUUUUUUUUUUUUCUACCCACCAUGGCGGAAGCGCCUCAGCAGCCACAUUUGGUGGAAAUUGACCCGGAUUUCGAGCCCCUGGCGCGGCCCCGCUCGUGCACUUGGCCCCUGCCCCGUCCGGAGUUCAUCAACCCGGGAGACUCCAACACGUCCUCGCCGGUCCCGUCCGUGAAGCAGGAGCCCGGCAGCAACGCAGAGUACAUCAACAACCUGAGCCUGCUGGAGGAGAACGAGGACUUUGUGGAGCAGAAGCCCGUCAUCCUGUGCGGCGAGUUCCAGUGUCAGGAGACGUGCGUCCACCAGCAGCCCGCGCAGCAGCAGCAUCAGCAUCACCCCAACCCGCAGCUCCCGCAUCAGCAGCAGCAGCAGCAGCAGGUGCCUCUGCUCUCCGCUCCGGUCAGCUCGCCUUCCUCCGCCGCCGCGGCUGCUGCUGCGGCGGCCGCUGCCCAGAGGAAGAGCAGCUCCUCCCGGCGCAACGCUUGGGGGAAUAUGUCUUACGCAGACCUCAUCACCAAAGCCAUCGAAAGUUCUCCAGAGAACAGGCUAACUCUGUCUCAGAUCUAUGACUGGAUGGUGAAGAGCGUGCCUUACUUCAAGGACAAAGGAGACAGCAACAGCUCUGCAGGAUGGAAGAACUCCAUCAGACACAACCUGUCCCUGCACAGCCGCUUCGUCCGCGUCCAGAACGAAGGGACGGGGAAGAGCUCGUGGUGGAUGCUCAACCCGGAGGGGGGGAAGAGUGGAAAGUCCCCACGGCGCAGGGCAGCCUCCAUGGACAACAACAGCAAGUUCACCAAGAGCAAAGGAAGAGCAGCAAAGAAAAAGCUGUGCCAGCAGGGUGGGCCAGACGGGGGUGCAGACAGCCCGGGCUCCUACUCCAAGUGGCCUGGCAGCCCAAACCCCCACAGCAAUGACGACUACGAUGCGUGGAACAGCUUCAGGCCCAGAACCAGCUCCAACGCCAGCACUCUGAGCGGCCGCCUCUCGCCCUUCAUGCCCGAGGACGAACUGGGCGAAUCUGACGUGCAUAUGGGGUACCCAGGGGCCCCGGGGGCCAAGAUGACCGCCACGUUGCCCAGUCUCACGGAGAUGACGGGACACAGUUCCGAGAAUGUCAUGGAGAACCUUCUAGACAACCUGAACUUGCUCUCGCCUAACAACUCUCAGGUUGGCGGGGGCGCUGGGACCCCUGGCUCCUCCCAGUCCUCCCCGUCCUCGAUGAUGCAGCCGAGCCCCGGCUACCCGGCUUACAGCUCCCCCAGCAUGGUCCCGCAGUCGCAGCAAGACUAUCACAAGUGUGUGUACGGCCAGUCGGGCCUGUCCCCCAUGCCGCUGCAGACGCUCACGGAGAACAAGCCCGGCUUCGGGCCCGGUAUGGGUCAAUACAGCUGCCCCGCCGGGCUGCUGAAGGAGUUGCUGACGUCAGACACCGACCAGCACAGCGAGCUCAUGCCAUCGGUGGACACCGUGGUGUCUCAGACCAGCGGGGGCCGCAUGCUGCCGCCGUACAGCAGCAGCCAGCACGCGGCCAAACUCAUGGCGGGAGGGAACGGCCGCCCACACUGCCUUUCUCACGGCCAUCCCCACAACGUGCACAGCCACGCUCCGGCCUCCUCGCCGGCCAUGAACGGACAGUUGCUCAUGUCUCUGAACUACAGCGGGGGCAACGCUCGUUUGCAAGCCGCUAAAAACGCCAUGCAGAUGCCUUACGGCCUGUCCGGCCACCUCAGCGGGGGAGGCAUGCCCGCCGGCUUCUGCCCCAUCAGCACCAACGGAUACGGCCGACCCGGCAUGUCGGCGCCCUCGCACACAGAGAAACUGCCCAGCGACCUGGACGAUAUGUCCAUCGAGAAGUUCGAGUUCGACAUGGAGACCGUUCUCCAUGACACGCUUAUGGACGGAGACUCUCUGGACUUCAACUUUGAGCCGGUGGUGGCCCAACAAGGCUUCCCUCACGGAGUUAAGACCACCACGCACAGCUGGGUGUCCGGGUAGAGACAGGAACCAAAUCUCACACCUCAGGUGUGUUCCUGUUCCAAAAUUACUUCUCAGACCAGAUCACGUAAGCAGCUGUGGAUAAAACCACCAUCAGAGCCCCCUGAAGACACAACCAGGUUCAAAAUAUAUCAAAGUGCCAAACUAUUUUUUGUUUUUUGCCUUAACCCAGGAGCCAAGCUGAAACACAUGUUUUGAAUUCACACACUCAAGGUUACAGAUAUUGUACAGUGGUGCAAAAAACACAUCCUCAUCAACAAUCUAUGAGAGCCGCGCACUGUUUACUGUCAAUCAAGCCUUUUGCUUGGAAAACUGAUUACUGCGGAUGGCGGUAAUCAGGCUGAUAGAGAUUUCCCACAAACCCUCGUGUGUUGUUACAAAAUUAACACAUCUGAAUGUACAUAAUGUAAUCAAAGAGUUUGUAAAAUUGCCUUCUCUGUUGUGUAUUUUUUAAGUUUGUACAUAGUGUUUACAGAAAGGAAGAUUGCAGCAGAAGAGUUCACAGAGAAAACUGGACCUUUUUUUUUUUUAAUUGCAGGUCAGUUAGGCUGAAAUACGGUUUCUAAAUUUCUUGUACAUUAAGAAUGUAUCUCAAAAAUGAUGUAGUCAAUGUUUACUAGAUUUAGAAUAUAUUUGAGAGCUAAGUUAUUUGUGGCUUACAUGAGAAUUGUUCUGUGUUACGUGUCGCUCUGAACCUUAAUACCACAGGGGCCUAUUUAUUGUGCCUAACAAUGUAGAAACUGACUGCAGGCUUGAAGGGUUUCAAUGUUUAUGGUCCAGAAGAUAUACAAAGCGAGCAGUCUUGAAGAAGAGAAAUCUUUAUUUUCUACGUCCUGCAUUCGUCUUUCUGUAAAAGUCAAGAAAAAUAUGUAAACUGUUAUAGUUGAGGUUUCCUGGACAUAUUUUUUGGGGGGAGGCGCUGUGAAUAUUUACAAGGUCAAUAUGUUUUGAAUUAAAAAAUCUUCUCAGCGCUUCUGUUGUUGUCAUGCAAGUGCAUCCUGUGCCCUGUUCAGUUCCAAAGCUUGUUUUUAUCUGCUUUGUUUUUAAGGAUUAUUGAAAAAAAUUGUAAUUUAGUCCAAAGUACACCGCUAACACCGUCUUAAAGAACAGCCUUACUAGCUCUUACAAGUUCCCCCUCCCUGCUACCUCUGCUAACACUGCCGGUAACGCAUCUCCCUACUGCAACAGUCGCCCUGUUUUCAGCAUUUUGUUGCUGCAUUUGCUACUCAAGGUGCCACUGAGUGUUAGAUUUCUGACCUGUAUAUUUGUAUAUUUUCCCACUUAUCACCACUUUAAUCUUUUAGCCUGUCCUUGUUAAAAUGUGAAGACCAAGUGGCCUAAAGUUCAAAAUUCAUACUAAUCAUUUAUGAACCAUUCCAUCCGACAACAUCAAGAACUCUGUGGAUGCAGAAUACUUUUGGAUCCAAGUGGUCUGACGUUAGUGGAGCCGGUUAUUAAAAUAAUAAUUGUGCCAUUUUUUGAUACAAGCACCAAAUUUGGCAUGGAUGUACUUUAGGGUGUGGCCUUUCAGAAAAGAAAGUCACCCACGAGAAAAGUUUAAAGGCUGCAGUUUGUGCAUGAUGGGUCGCCAACCCUCGGGACGUGGUAAGUGCAGUAAUGGACGGGUAAGGGUUAGGGUUGUGGUACCAGUCCGCGGCCUGAGGGUUGGGGAUCCCUGAUUAGUGUAUACAUUUUUUCCCUGCCUGUGGCCCGGUAUCAAGCGACCCUCAGACUGGUACCGAUUUACAGCCUGGAGGUUGGGGACCACUGAUUUAAUAAUUUAUUUGUCAAAAAAUGAGUUGGGGACACUCAAAGCAUCAAAAAGUGACACGGAGGGGACCUGAACCAUACGUCUAUAUGACGAAUUGGGAGUGAGAAUGCGUUGCUAUGGCCACCAUCUUUACAAAUGGCCGCCAUUUUGGCUUUUCUCAUGGUUACAGUGCUUUUCUGAAACAGGGGAUCCAAAGGAACAUCUAUGCCAAAUGUGUUGCUUGUACUGCAAAAUGCACAAUGUGUCUAAAAUCUUAACCUAACCGGCUCUGCUGCAAAUUGGGAGUCAUAAAAAAAUGGUGAUUCUUACCACAUCUACAGAUGGAGGAGUCAGUCAAGAAGCUGCUGUGAGGCUGAGUUGCCAAGUGUUGCCUUUCUUACCCAAACAUGCCAUUGUGUACUUUGGCCAAAUUUGCCUUUACUGUCACAUUUCUAGCAUUUUAGCAUGUUUUCUGAGCUAUAUGGAAAAAAGAAAAAAAAAAUAUAUAUAUAUAUAUAUAUACAUUUGUGCCGGUCACUCAAGUCAGGAUCAAUUGUAAUAAAUCUAUAAAACUGACUUUAAAAAGUAAAGAGCUGUACUAAGUAAAUUAUAUCUCUACAUUUUUCAAAUGAUUGAAACUAUGCAUUGUAUUCUUUAACUUUAUGUUGCUACUGUUUUAUUUUCUUCUUUUUCUUGAACUUUAAACAGAUAUUUUAAUGUAAGAUAGCGCUGUGAGAUGUUAUUGUGUUGUUGUUGUCGAAACUCAAUGUUUUAAAAGGUUAUAUGGGGGGAAAAUAAAUGAAGUUUAUUUAGAAAAUAGUUGAUACAGUGAUUGAUACGCUAAGCUUUUGUUAACUGACAAAUGUUGUUUUAUUGUAUUCUGCUAUGGUUUUUAGAAAAAACAGCAUCAAAAAGCAAAUUAUAAAAAAAAAAAAAAAAAACAUUUUUAAAUGAGACAAUAUUUAUUCAUCCGAGAAGUCCUGAGAGGUGCAGAUUUUGGACCAAUUUAGAUAUUGCACUUUUGCUUACAUUUUAUAACAAAGGGCUCCUCGUAAAAUGAGGAAGAAUUCCAAUUACAUAUUUUAGAAUACAAAUCUGUUACAUUUAUCUUAUACAGAAGUAAAAUGUAGUUGUGUCAUGUGAUUUGCAAUCAAUGAGAAAUCUGUAAAUUGUUCAAUAUUAAUGUUUUAAAACCUAAAUAAAUGUAUUUCUGUGUAAAAAUGA